AUGACCCAAUCACCAGAGACAAAUGAAAAACCAAUGACCAUUACAGAAUUUAAUGAUCAAACUGAAGAACUAUUGAAAUGCACAACAUCAGCUUUAAUGAAUAAUGAAGAGUCUAUUAAAAAGUUGUUAGAUGUUUUAAAUAAAAGUAUAGAAGAAGAACAAAAUAAGAUUAAGAUGUUAGACCAAAACAUUGAACAAUUUGAAAAAAUGAUGAACAAUUUAACAAGUAGAUUCCAACACUUGUUUAAUAAGAAUUUAUAA